AUGGCCGACAGGCACUCUGGCGAGUUUGAUUCCACAGCCAAGGAGGUCCAGGAGGACGUGCUCGCUGCUGAGCUUGAGAAGGUCCAUGUGACCGAGGAGGGAUCUGAGGGUGAGAAGAAAGAGGAAACGACGGAGGGCGAGGGAGAGAUGGCCCGGGAGGACGUGAUCGCGGCUGUGCUUGAGAAGAAAGUUCACGUGGACGAGGAGGGAGUUGAGGAUGUGAAGAAAGAGAAGACGGAGGGCCUUCUCCACCGAUCUCACAGUUGCAGCUCCAGCUCGGUAUGAUUUCUUUCCAACCGACUCCAGAAAAUAUGAUCUCUCUCUCUCUCUCUCUCUCUCUCUCUCUCUCUCACUCACUCACCUUACGCGUUUGGUUUUUCCUCUUUGAACGCAAACAGUCGAGCGACGAGGAAGAAGUUGACGGGGAAAAGAAGAAGAAGAAGAAAGGUCUGAAAGAAAAGAUCAAGGAGAAGAUAUCGGGCGAGAAGAAGGAAGGCGCAGGAGGAGCUGAGAAGACCCAACCGGAGGCCGUCGCUGCCGUAGUUGAAGACAACACCAUCCCCGUGGAGAAGGUGGAGAACCUGGCGCCGCCGGAGUCGGAGACCCAGGAGAAGAAGACCCUUCUGGAGAAGAUCAAAGAGAAGCUCCCUGGCGGCGGCCAUCCAAAGCAGCCCGCGGAGGUGGGAACGGCAGCUGCCGAGCCCGCGGACCACCACGAAAGCGACAGCCCCACCGCCGCCAAGGAGAAGAAGGGCUUCAUCGGAAAGAUAAUGGACAAGAUCCCCGGCUACAAGACCAACGGCGCGGAGUGA